CCGGCACCCUGGCCUCGCCCCGCUCGGAGCGCGCUCCCUGUGCCUCGUUUCCCUCUCCCCGCAGGACGGUCCCGCUGCCAAGAGGAUGGCCGUGACCCUGGAGCAGGCCCAGCGGGUGGGCUGUACCUGCGUGAAAGCGCUCCUCAGGUUCGCCUUCAUGGUCGCCAACAACCUGGUGGCUAUUCCGUCCUACGUCUUGUACCUAAUCGUGCUGCAGCCUCUGCGAGUGCUGGACAGUAAAAGCUUCUGGUACAUCGAAGGAGUGUUAUUUAAGUGGCUGUUAGCGAUGGUGGCUUCCUGGGGCUGGUGGGCAGGAUAUACAGUAGUGGAAUGGGGUGACGAUGUUAAAGCGGUAUCGGAAGAUGAAGCCAUGGUGCUGGUGAACCAUCAAGCAACGGGUGACGUCUGCACUCUGAUGAUGUGCCUUCAGGAUAAAGGCACGGUCGUCCGUCAGAUGAUGUGGCUGAUGGAUCAUAUUUUUAAGUACACAAACUUUGGCAUUGUGUCUCUAAUCCAUGGAGACUUCUUUAUACGACAGGGAAGAGAACACCGUGACCAGCAGCUUGUGUUACUCAAGGAGCAUCUAGAAAAAUACUACAGGAGCCGUAAUCGGAAAUGGAUUGUUUUAUUUCCAGAGGGUGGAUUUCUUAGGAAAAGGAGAGAAACAAGCCAGGCAUUUGCCAAGAAAAACAAUUUACCAUUUCUUAAACAUGUUACCCUGCCGAGGCUUGGGGCAACGCAAGUAAUUCUAAAAACGCUUGUAGCGCCGCAAGAAAAUGGAACUCCAGCAGGUGGAGACGCUGUGAUAAAAGAGAGCAAACCAAAAGGCCUCCAGUGGGUGAUAGACACAACCAUUGCGUAUUCCAAAGGUGAACCUAUAGACAUCCAAACUUGGAUUCUUGGCUACCGACAGCCAACGGUUACCCAUGUACAUUACAGGUAG